UGAAAGUGAGCGGCCAUCCAUGGCGCCAUUGGUUUCCGUUUCGGGACACAUCAGCUAUAAAUUUCUCGUCUUCUUCAAGCUCAAACCGCCCAGAUUCAGAGCAGAAGAACAACAACAUCAACGAACAGGGCAGAGAGAAACGCCCUAAUUUUUGUUCUUUUCAGCUAAACGAAAAUUCGUUUAGCCUUUUCGUUUCUCUCUUGCUUCUGUAAUUUUCGUUUCGGCGCUCUCUCAAGCGGAUCAGAGGAAUUCUCUUGUUUAAAUUUGUCGGUGUUCUUAUAUCGAUUCAAUCAUGGUUCUUUGGGUUUUCGGCUAUGGAUCUCUUGUGUGGAAUCCAGGAUUUGACUUCGACGAGAGAGUGAUAGGUUUUAUUAGAGAUUAUAGGCGUGUAUUCGACCUCGCUUGUUUUGAUCAUAGAGGUACACCACAAAACCCUGCUAGAACUCUCACGCUUGAACCCAAAGAAGGAUCCAUUUGCUGGGGUGUUGCAUAUUGUAUCCAUGGAGGAUCUGAACGAGAGAGAGCGGUUGUGGAGUCCCUGGAGAGAAGAGAGUGCGAGUAUGACGGAAAGACCAUUGUAGACUUUUACAAGGAUAAAGACUCCAUAGAACCAACAUUGACAGGAGUUUUAGUUUUUACAUCGACACUUGAUAAAUUGCUAAACAAAUACUAUCUAGGACCUGCUCCCUUGGAGGAAAUGGCUAGCCAAAUUGCAACUGCAUCUGGUCCAUGUGGGAACAACAGAGACUAUCUAUUCCGAUUGGAGAAUGCCUUGUUUGAAAUCGGUCACGAAGACGAUAUGGUGAUCGAGCUAGCGAACGAGGUGAGGAAUAUCCUUGGGAAGAAGGUUAGAAAGGGGAAGAAGAAGCAGCCGGUCAGACCGACAACUCACCUGCCUUUUUUGUCCUUCAUCUCCGGUGUUCAGGUGCAUCCGCUCGCCGACGCUGCGGUGGCGACGGAUUCCUACGAAGAAAAUGGAAAGAUUGGUAUGAUGAAAGGUGAAAGCCAUGGUAACUCAAGAGCUAAGAAAACAAGCAAUCUGGUGGAUUGAUGAUUGCCACUGUUCUUUUCCCAUUAGGUUGAUUAGUGAAAUUUUGGGGAUGUUGUUAUUGGAUUCAUGUUUCUGAUCUGACCCAAUAGAAAGUUGUUGGAAGUUCUUUUCACUUUUCAC